GGAAAAAUAUGAAGAGAUAUAUAUUGAAGGACCGCAACUCCGGCGGCGUUUUUGUGUUUGUGCAAGGGACAAUUAGGUGGCCGAAUUUUUUGCAGACCCUGAGGCAUGUUAAUGGAGGCAUUCAGGAAUAAUUUCGAUUGUUGUGCGCUGCAGAUUUGAAUUGUUCGACAAGAAACAUCCCAACCAUAAAUAUACACAAAAAUAUCCAGCAAAUUCCUAAGUUAAAAUGAAAUUGAAUAUUUCGUUCCCGGCAACUGGUUGCCAAAAACUGUUUGAAAUUGUGGAUGACCACAAAGUAAGAAUAUUUUACGAUAAACGUAUGGGAUCCGAGGUGUUAGGCGAUCCUCUUGGAGAUGAUUGGAAAGGUUAUAUCUUUAAAAUAAGCGGCGGCAACGAUAAGCAAGGAUUCCCGAUGAAGCAGGGCGUCCUGACGAACGGAAGGGUCCGUCUGCUCCUCAGCACAGGACAUUCCUGCUUCCGCCCCAGAAGGGACGGUGAAAGACGCAGGAAAUCUGUACGCGGUUGCAUCGUUGACGGUAAUUUGAGCGUCCUGUCUCUAGUGAUCGUUCGCAAAGGCGAUAAAGACAUUCCCGGUCUAACAGACGUUUCGAUACCGCGCCGUUUGGGUCCUAAAAGGGCCAACAAUAUUCGCAAAUUGUUUAAUUUGUCCAAAGAUGACGAUGUGCGUCAGUACGUCGUGAAGCGUCCAUUGCCGGCCAAGGAAGGCCAAAGGCAACGCUUCAAGGCACCGAAGAUCCAGAGACUGGUGACUCCUGAGCGUCUGCAGCGCAAGAGGCAUCUUGCUGCGGCCAAGAACAAGAGACGAACCGAAGGCAAGGAGAAGGCUAACACUUACAAGAAGCUGCUUGCUCAGAGAUACAAGGAAUCCAAGCAGCGUCGUCAGGAAGCCAAGCGUCGUCGCUCUGCCAGUCUGAGGGACAGCAAAACCAGCGUCGAGAGUGCCUAAACAGAUAAAUUAACAUGAACACAUAAUUUUGUUUCCCUUUGGUGUGCAUAUAUUUAUUCGUUACUUCUUGCACCUGUCUUUUCACGUUUAUUUUUCAGUUUUCAAAUUUAGCCUAGUAGUAAUAUUGUCAUCACAGAAUGUAAAACGCGUAUAACUGAUAAGAAUGGGUAGAUACAUACAGAAAUCUUAAAAGUUAAUGUGUAAUUUAUCUCGCUCACCUUUGUUUUUUUUAUUUCUUAGUGUUUUGAAUCCAGUUUUC